GCGUGAGGAUUGAUCAGCAGGUCCCUGCUGAGCUGCUUGUAUGUAAGGCGGCAGCAUCUACACCAUGCUCCCUGCACCGUAGCACCAGCCUCCCUCUUCUCAUCUUACUUUAACAAUUCUACAAUAUUUACUUUCUCUUUUUUUUUUAAUUCCAAAAAAACCUAAAAAGAAAGAGGGGGGUGCAUUCUUAAUGGGGUGGUUUUUAAUUUGUAAUUAAUCCAUUUUUUUGUUUCAUUCAUCACAUUGAGUCUUCAGUGCUUUUCUUCGUGACAGGAGGAACGACAAGGUCCAAGAGACAAGCAGGUUCCUAUUGAUGGUGAGCUCCGAAAGGUUCUCAGUUGGGCGUCUCAAGAACGGACAGGUUUAUUCACCGAGAGAGGGGGGGAGAAGAAACGAACACAGCCACCCCCCCUCCCUCUCCAUCCCAGCCCUCCUCCCCCCUUUCCUCUUGAGGAUUUUCCUUGCAUCUGGAUCCCCGUGGAAAGACAGAAGACAAGAUGACCACAGUGGGGAAAGAUGGUAGCGGAACAACACACAUGCAAUAUGUGGGGCCAUAUCGGCUGGAGAAGACGCUGGGUAAAGGGCAGACAGGUCUCGUAAAACUCGGGGUUCAUUGUGUCACGUGUCAAAAGGUCGCCAUCAAAAUCGUCAACCGAGAGAAACUCAGCGAGUCUGUGCUAAUGAAGGUGGAGCGUGAGAUUGCUAUACUGAAGCUAAUUGAACAUCCACAUGUCUUAAAGUUGCACGAUGUCUAUGAAAACAAGAAAUACCUAUACCUAAUCCUGGAACAUGUAUCUGGGGGAGAACUGUUCGAUUACCUUGUGAAGAAAGGGCGCCUCACACCAAAGGAAGCUCGCAAGUUCUUCCGGCAAAUCAUCUCAGCACUGGACUUCUGCCACAGUCACUCUAUCUGCCACAGAGAUCUGAAGCCAGAGAACCUUCUUUUGGAUGAGAAGAAUAAUAUCCGUAUUGCAGAUUUUGGGAUGGCCUCUCUGCAGGUUGGGGACAGCCUAUUGGAGACGAGUUGUGGGUCCCCCCAUUACGCCUGCCCAGAAGUGAUUAGGGGUGAGAAAUAUGAUGGGAGGAAAGCAGAUAUAUGGAGCUGUGGAGUCAUAUUAUUUGCUCUGCUUGUGGGUGCCCUCCCGUUUGACGAUGAUAACUUACGGCAACUUCUAGAGAAGGUGAAGCGAGGGGUCUUCCACAUGCCACACUUUAUUCCCCCAGACUGUCAGAACCUUCUAUGUGGAAUGAUUGAGGUGGAUCCCACAAAGCGAUUGACGUUAGAAGCCAUACAGAAGCACACUUGGUACAUUGGAGGGAAGAAUGAGCCGGAGCCAGAGCAGGCCGUUCCCAGGAAGGUACAGAUAGGAUCGUUGCCAUCGAUGGAGGACGUAGACCGGGAUGUACUGGAGAGCAUGCACUCAUUGGGCUGCUUCAGAGACCGCAAUAAACUGCUUCAGGACCUGCUAUCCGAGGAGGAAAAUCAGGAAAAGAUGAUUUAUUUCCUAUUGCUGGAUCGGAAAGAGAGAUACCCCAGCCAAGAAGAUGAAGAUUUGCCCCCUAGGGUGGAUAUUGAUCCACCUAGGAAAAGAGUGGACUCACCAAUGCUGACCCGCCAUGGAAAGAGGAGGCCGGAGAGGAAGUCUAUGGAGGUUCUGAGCGGGACAGAUGGAGGAUCUCCUGUGCCAGCGAGGAGGGCUAUUGAGAUGGCACAGCAUGGACAGAGGUCACGUUCUAUCAGCGGUGCUUCUUCUGGACUCUCUACCAGUCCGAUCAGCAGUCCCAGGCCUAUGAGGAGGUUCUUUCCCCUUUCCCAAUCACCAACCCCACCUUCUUCUCCUCACCCAAUACUGACGUCAAACCCCUCUGGACGUAGUGAUCCUACCCUAGCAAACCCAAAAACCAAUACCUUCCCUCCUAAACCUAGAGCCUCAGAGAAACCUCUCCAGACCACCCGAUCUCACCCUCUACCUUCCACCUACUCCUCAAGCAUUUCACCAAAGUCUCCUAACCAUCCCGCUGGACAGAUUACAUGCCGAACUCCAGCAAAGCUGGCUGUCUCUGAUCUGGCCCCCAAAUCUGUGCCCCUUAUACAGGUCACCCCUCAUCCGUCACCCCGUGGCAGCCCCCUCCCUACUCCCAAGGGGACUCCUGUCCACACACCCAAGGAAAGUCCAGCUGGCACCCCCUCCCCUACCCCUCCAUCCAGCCCCAGCAUUGGUGGGAUGCCUUGGAGAACCAGGCUGAACUCUAUCAAGAAUAACUUCCUGGGGUCACCGCGAUUUCAUCGGCGUAAACUGCAAGUUCCCACAGCUGAUGAAAUGACCAAUCUGACACCAGAAUCAUCGCCCGAACUGGCCAAGAAGUCCUGGUUCGGUAACUUCCUCACCCUGGAAAAGGAGGAUCAGAUAUUUGUGGUCAUAAAAGACAAACCUUUAAGUUCCAUCAAAGCUGAUAUUGUACAAGCAUUUCUCUCGAUCCCAAGUCUCAGUCACAGUGUAAUCUCACAGACCAGCUUCCGAGCAGAGUACAAGUCUACGGGGGGUCCGUCUGUCUUCCAGAAGCCGGUGAAGUUCCAGGUGGAUAUCACAUACUCAGAGAGUGGAGAGAAGCAGAAGGACUGCGGGAUAUACUCAGUCACAUUCACUCUGCUCUCAGGUCCAAGUCGAAGGUUUAAACGGGUUGUUGAAACAAUUCAGACUCAGCUGCUUAGCUCACAUGACCAGCCAUCCGUACUGCAGCUUUCAGACCCAAAUAACUGUGUGGAGUAUCUCAGUGGAAAGCUCUCGAAAUGUGACGAGAAGAAUGGUCACACCUCUCCCCCCCUGGCCCCACAGCAAGCAGCGCCCGGCUGAUAACAAGGAGCAGGGGCCCCUGGGAGCCAGCGGGAAGGAGAGAGCCAGGAAAAUCAGCUCUGCCAUCACUCAGGAGCCCCCUGUCCCUGCUUCCCCCAGCAAACAGGGCACAUAACAGAUGAGGAAAUACCAGCCCUGACCAGAGGGUGUCCCUAUAGAGCAAAAACAACUGCAUAUGGGUCUACCCUGCAAUACACUCAGUGAACACACGGUGGCAGCAUCACAGCAGGAAAACAAAUCAGUGUUUCACAGCCCAAGUCUAAGGCCAUAUUCAUUCCCCAUGCUAAAAUGAUGGGAGCAUUGCCUACAGGGGAUAAGUCUCCUAUUUAUCCCAUAUUGGGGGUGAGAAGCUGAGUCUGGAGCUGGGCUCAUUCAUCGUAGGGUGCUGGAGACAAACUUGACGGAAGGCAAAUCCGCAUGCUGAUUACACAUGGUUUUAUAAUUGCAUUUUGCUUUAUGUCUCUCCGAUCACACGAAAUCAUGUGCCCAACAGUGAAAUGCAUGAAAAUCCUCAUGGUUUAGUGCAUGUUUAUUUAUUUAGAGACUCACCCAUAAGGCUCAGCGCCCAACAUAAUCAAUGUCCAAGGAAUACGCCUGUCUGUUCUUAGCCUAAGCCUAGAGCUAUGGUUACAGCUGGGGUACGAGGCCCUGUAGCAAAGGGACUGCUUUCCAUGGCCACCAGGACGUAGACAUGGGCUUUAUUUGGGCUUUAGUUGGACUUGAAUUACCAGGGACACAUGUUACAUCAGUGUUACUAGGGGCAAUAGGAACUGGACCCAUUUAUAUCCCCAAAACUCCAUUAUAUGUCCCAUGUCCUUAAAGGGAAACAAAUGCUAAAAUAUACAUGGUACCCCUUAUAGCUCUAACACAAGUCACAACAUAUUCUAAAGUCUUGGCUGAAUCAAACCCAACACCAAUGAAUUUCCUGCAACAAACAGGAUGGAGGUAUUUUACAUGGAGCCGUCACUGCAUUUAUUCUGCCUUGUGUUCUGGGGGCAUUGUGUAUAUAUGGAACGGAAAGGGUAUUAAUACUUCCAGGUGUUGUGGGGGGGAGGGGGUUAAAUAGGGAACUACUGGGUUCUGGGAUGUAUGAAAGGUGUUCUGGGGUAUUUGACUUGAAAUUGCUGCUGCGUUUAUCCUGAUGUGUUCUGGGGUAUUAUUUAUGGAACGGCCAUGGGAUACUAUGAAGGGAUCUCUAAAUGCCUAAUAAUAAAAAAAAAUCCCUAGCAGACGCAAAUUUGCGUGUUUUUCGCCACCGGUGAAUAAAUUGGCAAAUUUGCCACGAAAAUUUAGAUGCCGGUGACAAUUAAACGGACGCCCAUUGACUUUAAUGUGCGUCAAUUGUUGCUGGCUAGGGAUGGGCGAAUCUGAGCCGUUUCGUUUCGACAAAAAUUUGCCGCCGGCGAAUUGUCGCAGACACCCACUAAAGUCUUUGGGCGGCAAAAAAAUGUUGUCGGGCGGCAAAAUUUCCGCGGCAAAACAAGGCGAAAACAUUCGCCCAUCCCUAUUGCUGGCGUCAAAA